GUGACGUCAUCACUUUUGGGGCCAACAAAAUCAAUGACAUCACCGCCUUUGGUGGAGACAAUGACGUCAACACGCACGAUGAGGUCAGCAGGAAACCCAACGUCGGUCGGCCCGACGAGGUCAAAAAGCUCCCUGAAGUCGGUCCGCCCACCGUGGUCAUUCAGCCCACCGUGACCAGUAAGCCCACUGUGCUUUCUGAGACCACUGUGGUCAGUGGGCAGAAUGGCGUCGUCGCUUCGGGUACAACGGGUGGAGUCAAAGCGCCCAGCAAAGCCCGUCUCGUGGUGCCGUCCAGAGACAGUAUGAUCCACAUUGUGAAGAACGAAUCAAGCGCAAGUACGUACAUGUUGUGGGGGAAGAAAACAAAAUAUGGGGAUGGCUAUCUCACUGACAGGACUGCACAUUUGUAUAGGCCUAUUUGGUUUGUUUGGUUGGGUGGGGGAUGGGAGAGGAGGAGGGAGUGAUAUGGGAUGGAUUGGGCAGGGAUGGAGGAAAGAUGGAGGAGGGAUGAGGGAGGUAUGGGGGAGGGAUGGAGAAGGGAUGGAGAAGGGAUGGAGAAGGGAUGGAGAAGGGAUGAGGGAGGGAUGGGGGAGGGAUGGAGGGAGGAGAGAUGGAGGAGAGAUGGAGGAGAGAUGAAGAAGGGAUGAGGGAAGGAUGGGGAGGGAGGAGGGAGGGAUAAGAGAGGAAUGAGGGAGGGAUGUGGAAGGGAUGAGAGAGGGAUGUGGAAGGUAUGAGAGAGGGGUGAGAGAGGGAUGAGUGGGGAUGUGAGAGGGAUAGUGGAGGCAUAGUGAGAAGAAAAUCCCCGGGGGUGGGGGGAGGGUAUAUCCAGUCUUUAGUCUCCCACUCUCUUUCACAACUAAUGAUACUUCUGAGAGUAAAACAAAAUCUAUAGUGAUGACUAGAUAAACUCAAUGUUGUAGUCUCUACCUUAAAUAAUGUAUUAAAAUGGACCACUCUCUUUCCAAAAAAAACACAGACCUUAAGUGCCACAACACGGACCCCGCCGAAGAGGCCCGCUGGAAGGCCGUGGGUCCCAAGAAGAAACUCCUACUCUUCAGACAGUUCCCGAAAUACUACGAGAUGACGUCACAGAGGUACCAGAAGAUGCUGGACGAGUGCGCCUACAAAUGCGACGUCACCGAGGACGAGCGGAGAUUCGGCGAGGCCGACCUGGUCGUCUUCUACUCCCACUACAAGUACGCCAACGACCUCAAGGUCGUGCCGGAGAAACGACCCGGCCAGAAGUGGGCGUUCUACGCCGCGGAACCGCCCCCUCUGUCCGACAACGAGGCCUUCGGGGCGGGGCACUGGAACGACAAGUUCGACUGGACGGUCACGUACCGGUACGAUUCUGAUUUCUGGCAAGGGUAUUUGAAGGUGAGGCCCAAGGAGAACGAAACGACGGAGGAGAAGAAGCUACAGGACGUUCAGAGGUGGAAGGAGAAGUUCGCCAACAAGACCAAGAUGGUGGCGUGGUUCGUGAGCCACUGCAACAUCCAGAGCCGCAGGGAAGAGUACGCCGCCGAGCUGUCCAAAUACAUCCAGGUGGACGUCUACGGGAAAUGCGGGAAGCUCAAAUGCGAAGACAGGGGGAAAUGCGCGCGCAUGCUGGACACGGACUACAAGUUUUAUUUGUCGUUUGAGAACUCCUUCUGCGUCGAUUACGUCACGGAGAAGUUGCGCGGGAUUUUGGAGAUGAACACUUUGAUACCUGUGGUCAGGAGUGGCACGGAUUACAAGAAAUAUUUCCCACCCCAUUCGGUCAUAGACACGAAAGAUUUCUCGUCACCGGAAAACCUGGCCAAGUAUUUGAUCCAGCUGGCCAACAACGAGGUAGGUUGA